AUGUUUAUGGCCAAAUCCGCCUACCGUCUGCCUACUACUACGUCUUCCAACGCUAUAGUUGCAAAUGCAGUUCAAAUGAUUCAAACCGAAAUCUAUAACAAUGGUCCUGUAGAAGUUGCUUAUCAAGUUUACGAUGACUUUUAUCACUACAAAUCAGGAGUCUAUUAUCAUGUUUAUGGAGAUAAACCGUCUGGACAUGCAGUGAAAAUUAUCGGAUGGGGUACAGAAAAAAAAGUUGAUUAUUGGCUGGUUGCCAAUUCUUGGAGUACAACUUUUGGAGAAAAUGGAUUUUUCAAAAUUCGAAGAGGAACUAAUGAAUGUGGAAUUGAGGAGAAUGUGGUUGCUGGUUUGCCGAAAUCUAGUGGAAAUAUAAUCGGUGGUUUCAUUGCUUUUCUGGCUUUGAUCUUUUAUUAUAUGUUCUAA